AUGGCCCAGAAACGCUCCAAGAAUCAACUUCGGCGUGAGAAGGCUAAAUUACGAAAGCUACAGGGUAGCAAAGCUGACGUAUCCACUGAUACGAAGGUAAUUACAAAUAGCAUUGCAGCUGAUAAUAUAAAUGAGUUGGAACGUAAAAAGGAGAACCAGGUUAAUGGCGAGAGUGAAAUAGAUAGAAGCAUCGGCUCUGAGAUUGAGAAUAGACUGCAAGAUGAGACGAAGAAGGAGGAUCUUGCCCAAAAAAACACUGUUAAGGAUGAACCAACAAACUCAAACAUGAACACAGAUGAACUACUAGCAGACAACUUUCGCCAUAUAUUCGCUAAAUUCAAUGAGCAAGCACCUAUACAAGACCGCCAUCAGCUUAGGGAAGCUGCAGCUUCGAGUAUUGAAGAAAGCUCCACGGACGAAGACAGCUCCGACGAUGAAAUCGACAAGCCACUUUCAAGAAGGCAACUUCGUAAGAGGAACAAGGUUUCGAUUGCAGAGCUCAAGGCUUCAACCCACAAACCUAGUGCAGUGGCGUGGUAUGAUGCUGACGCUCCAGACCCAUACUUAUGUGUAGCUUUGAAAACGUCUUUUAAUGCCAUCAAUGUUCCGGCUCACUGGCAGCAAAAGAAAGAAUAUCUUUCUGGCAAAAAAGGAAUCGAGCUUCUACCGUAUCAGCUUCCCAAAUAUAUUCGGGAUACGGGAAUAGCAGAGAUGAGGAAUUACGACCCAGAGUCGCUCAAGAAAUCGCAACGGGAGCGAGUACAGCCAAAGAUGGGGAAACUAGAUAUUGACUAUCAGAAACUUUAUGAUGCGUUUUUCAAAUACCAAACAAAACCGUCUCAUCUAAGGUUUGGCGAACUAUAUUGGGAGGGCCGCGAGAAGGCUGAAAGAAACCGUGAAAGUGUCUUUCAUAUACGACCAGGUGUUGUAUCGAAGAGACUUAAAGAAGCAGUUGGGAUUUCUCUGACAGACAACCAAAGUGUUCCCCCCUGGAUUACACUUAUGAAUCUGCUUGGCAAGCCACCAUCCUUCAGAGAUUGCAUCAUACCGGGAGUCGAUGCGCCUUAUGACAACAAUGGGUAUCGAUUUCAUAACUCCAAUGACCUUAAACAUUUGUUGGAACAGAAUUGGGGCUCAUUGGAGGAAGCCGAAGAUUCAGAACCUGAGGAAGAAUCAGAGGAAGAAUCAGAGGAAAAAGAGGAGGAAAUUGCUGAAGAAAGUAGUGGUGAAAAUGCUGACGGAAGUGUUGACUACUUGAGGGAAGAUGACAUCAAGGUGGCAGAUGACGAUAGGGAUUCAGAGGAGCCUGAGAAGGUAGUCAUUAACGAGUUCAGCAAAUAUAAGCCAAGAGCGCAAAAGACGAAUGAAAGCGGUAAACUGGGCGAACUAUAUAAAGUCCUUAAAGAGAAGGCUAUUUCAGGAUCCGACAAAGAUGUUGACAAAAAGUCUGGAUAUGACUUGCAAGGCGAGUCAACAGGGAGCGAGCACGAUGACAAGCAGGAUGAUGCUCCGAGGUUAGUCCGCAACAAUAAUGUUGAAGAGUUCGAGUUUUAA